AUGUAUAGGGGCUCCUUCGCACCUCCGCCCGCGCAGUCACCGCCGCUUCACCACCCCGUCCCGCAACAUGUCUCGACCGUCCCUAUGAUGCGCUCACCACCUCCCCCUGCUCCUCAGCAACCUCCCAGUGCUGGCUAUGGGGGCAACCCAUAUCAGCCAUCGCCUGCACAGGGUGCCAGUGGAGCCUAUGGCCCUGGAUUCGGCGGGAUCAUCACUGAUCCCACCGCGCAGAUGGGCUUCCAAGUCGGCAAGACUGCGAUGGCAGCUGGACAGGAGUACAUGGAACAAAACUUUAACCGCUAUGUGUCCAUACCCGCUCUUAAGCACUACUUCAACGUCUCCAACUCCUAUGUCCUGAACAAACUCGUCCUUGUCCUUUUCCCUUGGCGACACAAGCCCUGGUCUCGCCAGCAGGCAAGACUGACAUCCACCUCGACCGGACCAAAUGGCCAGAUUGCCCAGCAGCAGUAUUCAUCCAUGUUUCUGCCCCCGCGGGAUGACCUCAACUCGCCCGACAUGUACAUUCCAGUCAUGGCUCUGGUCACAUACAUUCUGCUGUCGGUCCUGCUGGCUGGCUUUCGAGGGUAUUUCCACCCCGAGCUGUUGGGGUCCAUUACCACGACCGCCAUUGCAGUGAUUAUCUUCGAAAUCCUGUGCCUGAAGCUGGCCAUGUACAUUCUGAGCAUCAGCAACGACUCCCAGCUGUUGGACCUGGUGGCGUACUCGGGCUACAAGUUCGUGGGGAUUAUCGUCACUCUGGUUGCCUCUGAGAUCUUGACCCCCGGCCGAGGAACUGGGGGCUGGGUCGGCUGGACAGUCUUUGCGUACACGUUCUUGGCGAAUGCAUUCUUCUUGCUCCGCUCGCUGAAGUAUGUCUUGCUGCCUGAUUCGACUGACGCCUCGAUGCACACUGGCUCGAUGCACACUGUGGCUCGCGGCCAGCGCAACCGCCGUACCCAAUUCUUGUUCGUCUACUCCUACGUGAUUCAGUUCGUGUUCAUGUGGGUGCUCAGCCGAGAGGGACCUGCGAUGCUGCCGGCUGCAGGAGGCUCCGCCGCGUCAUAG